AUCAUUUGCACCCCUCAGAAAAAUGGUCAUGUCCAUAACAAAGUGAAAGUAGAAUGGCAGACAGUUUUUCUAAUCCGAAAAGACUAGCCCACCAAGCUGGAAGUUAUGAUUCCGAGUUUGAAUUUGACAGUGAAGCAGAAAGAAAAAGGAGGAAGUAUGAAGAUCUUGCAAAGAAAGAAAAGAAGAAGAGGUCAAAAAAGGGCCACAAAAGGGAGCUGGAGGAUGAAUAUGACAAAGAGGAAGGGCGUAUAAUGAGGCACAGAAUAGUGAGUAUGAAUGCAUUUGAUCGUCAUAAGCUACUCGUAAAUAACUAUCUGACAUACUACUGUGGUCAGAAAACAGAUUUCCAACGAGACAGAUCAAAAGACAAAACUGAUAUGGAUGUGAUCAGAGAAAACCACAAGUUUCUGUGGACUGAGGAUGAUGAUCCUGAUGAAACUUGGUCUAAGAAGCUGGCAAAGAAAUACUAUGAUAAGUUAUUCAAGGAGUACUGUAUUUCUGACCUGAGUCGAUAUAAGGAGAAUAAAGUUGCCUUGAGAUGGCGGAUUGAGAAGGAAGUGCAGCAAGGAAAAGGUCAGUUUAUUUGUGGCAACAAGAAAUGCAGUGAAUGCGAAGGACUGAGAAGCUGGGAGGUUAACUUUGCCUAUAUGGAAGAUGGUCAGAAGAAAAAUGCCCUUGUUAAACUUAGAUUGUGUCCAGAUUGCUCAUAUAAACUCAAUUAUCACCACAGGAAAAAGGAAAUCAAACUGCCCAAACGGUCAGACAAGCAGACACAAAAGGUGAAGAAACAUAAAUAUUCAAAAGAAGGCUCUAAGAGUUCAGAUGAAGAUCUUGAGAAAGAUACUAAAGGUGAAGGUCAGACUGAAGCCAGAGUUGAAGGUCAUAAAGAGACAGAAGCAUCAGGAUCAUCAAGUCCAGAGAACAUAUGGAGUGGUCCUGCAAAAAUUGUGGAAGAAAAAUCUAGGGAAGAUGAGUUCGAUGAAUAUUUUGCUGACAUGUUUCUCUAGCAGAGGAGAUAAGAAUAGACUGGUGCAGAUGUUAACAGUUUCCAGUUCAAAUGGAAUGUGGUAUACACAAUCAACAUGGAAUGGACAUGCUCGUAUUGUCGGAAUGGUCAUGUCUUUUAUUUUUGAGUUAUGCCAUUUUAAGUAACCAUAUUACAGUAACGUAUUUUUAUGCCCCCAAAGGGAGGCAUAUUAGUUUUCAACUGUCCAUCCGUUCGUUCGUUAGUUCGUUUGUUCAUCACAACGUUAACCUUUUGCAUGAAGGUACUUUAUUCGCGAACCACUGCACCCAGGACCUUCAAACUUCACAUGCUGAUAGUACUUAUUGCGUACACGAUCCCUACUGACUUUGGGGUCACCAGGUCAAAGGUCAAAGUCACAGGGGCCAAUGUUAACUGUUUGCAUGAAGGCACUUACUCGCGAACCACCGCACCCAGAACCUUCAAACUUCACAUGCUGAUAGUACUUACUGAGUACACGACCCCUACUGACUUUGGGGUCACCAGGUCAAAGGUCAAGGUCACAGGGGCCAAUGUUAUCUUUUUACAUGAAGGCACCUUCAUGCACUUUACUCGCGAACCACUGGACCCAGGACCUUCAAACUUCACAUGCUGAUAGUACUUAUUGAGUACACGACCGCUACUGACUUUGGGGGUCACCAGGUCAAAGGUCAAGGUCACACGGGCCAAUGUUAACUUUUUUGCAUGAAGGCACUUUACUCGCGAACCACUGCACCCAGGACCUUCAAACUUCACAUGCUGAUAGUACUCAUUGAGUAUACGACCCCUAUUGACUUUGGGGUCACCAGGUCAAAGUUCAAGGUCACCAGGUCAAAGGUCAAGGUGCCGAGGGGGCAUUUGUCACCAUUAGUGACAGCUCUUGUCUUUUUAUACUCAGCUCCUUCCAUCCAAUUUAAAUGGAUCUUGAUAUCCAUUAUCAACAUGAAGUGGAAAUGGACAUAUAGUCGGAACUCUCAUGUCUGAUUUAAUCAUACUGUACAACUGAAACAUGAAUGAUGCCAGCUUUGUGUGACAAAUGUCCUUUCGAAAUGCUUGAUAGAAUAAAAUAUGAAGUCAAACAGGAAGACAUGACUCAAAAACAAAAUCAGACAUGAAAGUUCCGACAAUAUGCAAUGAAAUGAUGGAUGGAAACACAAAUAUUGACCUCUUCUACCUCAGGAGUCACAUAAUAUUGCACAACUGAAAAGUCUAUAAUCCAGUUUGUACAUUUAACUACUCUGGUUGAUGUAAUUCGUUUUAUGGUUCUAAAGAGGUAUCAGUUACCUGACAUGUCUGCUGCAGGGCAGGAAGAUUAUAAAAACGACAAAGCUUGUGGGAAAUGACAUGAUUGAACAGAUAUACCUAAAUUCAAGCUAAGGAAGAGUGAUAGCAUAGUGUUGUAUGAAAUAGUUCAUUCUCAUUAUUGUCGGAAUAAACUUGAUUUUAAAUUAUGCCCUUAUGAAUUAGUAGUACUUGUGACUGUUUUAUAUUGUGAGCAUAUUGCAGAUCUUAAACUACUGUUGAGAACUGUAUGUAGUACUACAUGCAUUUUAUUUGAAAAUAAAUUUGUUGCCUUAA